AUGGCAAAAACCUCUCAAGACAAGAAACACUUCCACUGGUCAAACAAAGUCAGCAACGAAGAUCAAGAAGAAGAAGAAAUCCCUUCCUUCAAUCCUUGUCACCAGAAAGAGAAAGACUUGAACGAAUCACCAUCACCAUUAACAAGAAAGAAGUUUCAAACCCUUACAAUCGCUAGAUUCCGAACAGUUCUUACUGCACUCAGUAAAAACCGCCCAAAUUUGCUGCAUGGGUUGGGACCGAAGGUCGUCGGAACCCUAUUUGGGUCUCGCCGUGGCCAUGUCCAUUUUGCAUUUCAGAAGAACCCCACAUCCCAACCCGCUUUCUUGAUCGAGCUUCAAACUCCGAUCAGUGGUUUGGUGAAAGAAAUGGCUUCUGGGCUCGUUAGAAUUGCUCUCGAGUGUGAUAAAGAUGAUGAAAAGAUCAAGAAAGUGGGAAAUUCACGAAGGCUCUUGGAAGAGGGUGUUUGGAGGACUUUCUGCAAUGGGAAGAAGUGUGGUUUUGCGACUAAAAGGGAAUGUGGAGAGAAAGAAUGGAGAGUUCUGAAAGCUGUAGAGCCGAUCUCCAUGGGAGCUGGUGUGUUGCCUGCAGGUGAUGAAGAAGAUGAAGGUGAGAUGAUGUACAUGAGAGCUAAGUUUGAGAGGGUUGUGGGGUCAAGAGAUUCAGAAGCUUUCUAUAUGAUGAAUCCAGAUAGCAAUGGAACUCCUGAACUUAGCGUCUAUUUGCUCAGAGUUUGA